CAAACUAAAAAAAAAAAACCCGUUUAUAAAUUCACAAAGAUAAUAUAUAGCAGAGACAAGAGCCGUUACUACUAAUAUGUACAUUAAAAUCUACGAAUAAUGGAGCAAGAGCUUCAACGCAACAGUGUCCACGACGACGAAGCCGCCACCACCACGAGCUCCGGCGACAAGCCCGCCACCCCUCGCGGCGGCGGAACCCGACACCCCCUCUUCCGCGGCGUUCGCAAGCGCCGCUGGGGCAAAUGGGUCUCCGAAAUCCGGGAGCCGAGGAAAAAGUCACGCAUAUGGCUCGGCUCCUUCCCGGCGCCGGAGAUGGCGGCCAAGGCCUACGACGUCGCCGCCUACUGCCUCAAGGGCCGCAAGGCGCAGCUCAACUUCCCCGACGAGGUCCACCGUCUUCCGCUGCUCCCCUCCGCCUGCACCGCCCGCGACAUCCAGGCCGCCGCCGCCAAGGCCGCCCACAUGAUGAUAGUCCAGGCCGCCUCUGUCACCGCCGACUCGCCGGAGAAAAGCAGCAGCAUUACCUCCGACUGCGGCGACGGUGGCGGUGGAGACGACUUCUGGGGCGAAAUUGAGCUGCCAGAGUUGCUCAACGCCAAGUGGUGGGCCUCCGACCACGACGUCACGCCGUGGCCCGAGUCCGAGCUCCCGCCCCAGCAGCCCUUCACCACGGCGUGCUUGUAGUUUGUAAUAAUCAAUAAUGCUCUUCUCUCAAGCUCCGACUUGGUUGGUAUAUUAAUUAUAUAUAUUAGUAUUUUGCUCAUAUAAUUAAGUAACUCUCUUUGUGUUCUCUUCACAAUAAUUAAUUAUUUUAAUUGUGAUGAUUAGUGUUAGUGCUGUUAAUAACACUUUCACUAACUACUUUUGCUACUAA